AAGGUUCACAAAGGUAUUACUCUCCAGAGAUAGAAACCAAUGAAGUUGAACAACAUCAGCUACAUGUUCAGAAUACAUUACAAAAUCAAGUGCAACCACAAGCAUCUCCCCGUGACGACAGUGAAAGAAAUGAAGUCAUAAGCAAACAACAGAUGUCUCAAAUUGUUUCCUGUGAACUACGGUUAAGGGACCAGUGCAAAGGAACAACAUGUAAUAGGUAUGAAUGUCCUUCUGGAUGUUUGGACAGCAGUGCCAAAGUUGUGGGAAGUGUCUAUUAUGACAUGCAAUCAAGUAUCUGCAGAGCGGCAAUACAUUAUGGUAUCCUAGAUAAUGAUGGUGGCUGGGUUGAUGUUACCAGGCUAGGAAGAAGAAAUUACUUCAUAAAGUCCUAUAGAAAUGGAGUCCAGUCAGUUGGGUAA